AUGACAACCCUCAUAGUGAACAUCGCAGCAGAGCGAUUUGGAACCGAGGCGCCUAAUUCAGCACCAUCGGCAUAUGCUCCGAGCCACAGAGCAAGGAAGAUCCAGUGCCUCAGGGAAGAGCUCAAGCUGCUAAAGAAGCAAUACAAAAUAGCAGGGGAAAUUGAGCGAGCUGGCCUAGCAGACCUGAGAGCAAUCCUGAGGAAGCAGCUGUUGACUCUGCAGAGGGCAGAGUUCCACAGGAGGAGGUGGGAAGAGAGAGCCAGGAAGAGGGCAGCUUUCCUGGCUAAUCCUUUCAAGUUGACCAAGCAGCUCCUUGGCCAAAAGAGGACGGGCCGCCUCACUUGCUCGAAGGAGGAGAUCAACAACCACCUCAAGGCCACAUACAGUGAUCCCAGCAGAGAACAGCCGCUAGGCCCAUGCGAUGCACUGAUAGAACCACCAGAGCCUACUUCAGGCUUCAACCUGAAGGAGCCAAGCCUAAGUGAAGUGGAGGAAGUGGUGGGGGGAGCAAGAUCAAGCUCAGCACCAGGCCCAAGCGGUGUGCCAUAUAAGGUCUACAAGAACUGCCCGAAAUUGCUACGCCAGCUUUGGAAGGCCGUGAAGGUGAUCUGGAGGAGAGGGAAGAUUGCCCAGCUGUGGAGGUAUGCUGAGGGAGUGUACAUACCAAAAGAGGAAAAGUCUGAGAACAUCGACCAGUUUCGGGUAAUCUCCUUGCUAAGUGUGGAGAGCAAAAUCUUCUUCAGCAUCGUGGCCAAGAGACUCUCCAACUUCCUGCUGAGCAAUAAGUACAUCGACACGUCUGUACAGAAGGGAGGGAUACCAGGAGUCCUCGGUUGCCUGGAACACACAGGCAUGGUAACCCAGCUCAUCAGGGAGGCGAAAGAGGGUAGAGGUGACCUGGCUGUGCUGUGGUUGGAUCUCACGAACGCAUAUGGUUUCAUACCCCAUAAGCUGGUGGAGGUCGCACUGGAGAAACAUCAUAUACCCCAGAAGGUGAGAAGCCUCAUCCUGGACUACUAUAGCAAGUUCAGCUUGAGAGUUUCAUCUGGCCAGCUGACAUCUGACUGGCACCAGCUGGAAGUGGGCAUAAUCACUGGUUGCACCAUAUCAGUGACCCUCUUCGUGCUGGCAAUGAAUAUGCUGGCCAAGGGAGCUGAAACAGAAUGCAGAGGUCCUCUCAGCAAGUCUGGAGUAAGGCAACCGCCCAUCAGAGCCUUCAUGGAUGACCUCACAGUGACGACAUCAACCGUACCAGGAGCCAGAUGGAUUCUUCAGGGGUUGGAGAGGAUCAUGGCUUGGGCACGCAUGUGUUUCAAGCCAGCAAAGUCCAGGUCUCUGGUUCUAUGGAAAGGGAAGGUCUCAGACAAAUUCCGUUUCAGGUUGGGAGAGCAUCUGAUCCCGACGGUCAGUGAGAAACCAGUGAAGAGCCUGGGGAAGGUCUUCAACUGCAGCCUGAAUGACAGAGACUCCAUCAAGGCAACCAGUGAUGACCUGGACAGAUGGCUGAGAGCAGUGGACAAGUCUGGUCUCCCGGGUAGAUUCAAGGCCUGGAUGUACCAGCAUGGACUCCUCCCACGAAUCCUCUGGCCUCUCCUCAUCUAUGAGGUUCCCAUCACCGUGGUGGAACGUUUUGAGCAGAGGGUGAGCAGCUAUCUUCACAGAUGGUUGGGGCUACCAUGCAGCUUAAGCAGCAUCAGGCUGUACGGGAACACCAACAAGCUCAGGCUUCCUUUUAGCUCGGUCAGGGAGGAGUUCAUCAUGUCACAGACACGGGAAUACCUGCAGUACGCAGGAUCCAGGGACGCCAAAGUGUCCGGGGCAGGAAUUGUGGUGAGGACAGAGAGGAAGUGGAGGGCAGCCGAUGCAGUCCAGCAGGCAGAAUCUCGGCUGAAGCACAAGGCCAUCCUCGGUACAGUGGCACAAGGCAGAGCGGGACUUGGGAUGUCAACAUCAACCCGGUACGAGUCUGCUAAUGUGAGGGAGAGGCAGAGGCUGGUGCAGGAGGAGGUGCGAGCUUCAGUGGAGGAAGAGCGAAACAGCAGAGCAGUGGCCAUGAAGCAGCAAGGAGCCUGGAUGAAGUGGGAGCAGGCGAUGGAGCAACACAUCACCUGGAAGGACAUCUGGCAGUGGAACCCCCAGAGGAUCAAGUUCUUAAUCCAAGGGGUUUAUGGUGUCCUCCCGAGCCCAUCUAACCUGUACACCUGGGGCAAAAUGGAGACACCUGCAUGCACCCUAUGUUCCAAGACGGGGACAUUGGAGCACAUCUUGAGCAGCUGCUCCAAGGCGCUGAGCGAGGGCCGCUAUCGAUGGAGGCACGAUCAGGUCCUCAAAUCCAUAGCUGAGGCAAUCAGCAAGGGGAUUAAGGACAGCCAGUGCACCCAAGCUACAGCCAAAGCCAUCCAGUUUGUAAAGGAAGGACAGAAGCCAGAGAAAGCCCCAAAGAACUGCUUGGCUGGGUUGCUCUUCCACGGCCCGAGACGGGUGAUGACAGUUGACCUGGAGAGGCAGCUGAAAAUAUCACCGCACAUCACCCAGUCCAAAUUGAGACCAGACAUCAUUCUGGUCUCUGAGGCUACAAGGCAACUGGCCAUGCUUGAGUUAACAGUUCCGUGGGAAGAUAGGAUGGAGGAGGCACAGGAGAGAAAGAGGGAGAAGUACCAUGAGCUGGUGGAGGACUGUUGAAGGAAUGGCUGGAGGACCAGAUGCAUGCCAGUGGAGGUGGGGAGCCGGGGAUUUGCCAGCCACUCCCUGAGCAAGGCCUACGGCACACUAGGUAUAACAGGUGCCAAUCGAAAGAGAGCCAUUAACAGCAAUGCAGAGGCUGUGGAGAAAGCGUCCAGAUGGCUCUGGCUGAAGAGGGGAGAGAGUCUCCUGCUGCUCGUUUUUGAGCGUGCCACCCUCACUGCCCUCUCUGUAAUGGCAUCUGUUUGA